UUUUUUUUUUUUGAUUAUCUUCUUUCCCACGUCUUGUUGAUGGUCUGUCCUCUUUUGAACUCAGGGACUUUUUUAUUCAAACACGUGUCGACCUCCUGCUAUCCAAUUUGAGUUCCGUCUCAGCUGUGCGCGCAUCUGAUACCCAGCCGAUUCUCCGCGAUGGCCGGUCCAUUAGAGGAGACGGCAGAUGUGUUGGGUCCAGCUGCUGCUGCUGGUAAUGAUGAUGCCGCCGCCGCCCCCGCCGCCGCCGCGGGUGUGAAGCGACCGCUGGACAUUGACAGCUUGCAGCGCAAGAAGUUCAAAACCGAUGAAUUGCCCUUGACCGCUACGCAACACGCCGCCAUCGAGCAUCUGCUACAUGCGUUCAAGAAAAGAGGUGGUUUUGACAAUGUGCGCAAGAAGAUAUGGGCGGAAUUUGAGGAAGGGGAAGGCAAAGUGGAAUUUACGAACCUCCUCGCCGAACUUGCCGAAGCGGAGAUUGAUCGCGAACCUGGAUUGUUGUCGCGAGAGCGCGGAAAGGCUGCGACUCUUAUCGAGGGUGCGGUCGAUCGGAGUGACGUCUACAAGACGGUAGAGAGAUCGCUGGAUGCGCUUGCUUCGAAUCAUUUACAGAUGAUUCUGGAUUCUGUACGGGAGAUCCGCCGCGAUGAAAUCGGCGUGGAGGCUGCUGCCGAGGAAGAGGAGGCAGGUAAUAAGACUGAGGAGGACUAUGCAAACUACGUACAGGCUAAGCGCGAUGAGCGCGAGAGAGCUUACCAGGAAGCCUUGCGGAAGGAGAAGGAAGCGGAGGAGGAGGAAGCGCGCAAGAAGGCGGAAGAGGACCGCAAGCGACGCGAGCUCGAACGCCAGAAAGAGGAAGAGGAGCGGGCCAGGCGCAGGGAGCGCGAGGAGCAGCGCCGAGAAGAGCAGCGCAAGCUAGACGAACAGCGAGAGAAGGAGCGCCAGGAACGAUUCGAACGCCGCCGUCGGGAAGAGCGCGAGCGAUUCCGCGAUUGGCGGGAUCGCAGUCGAACCAGAGACCGGGACUCAGACCGCGACCGAGAUCGAGAUCGUUUUCGCUUCCGUGAUCGCUCCCCGGGCUACCGCUCCGAACGAGGCCAUUCUCCCCGUCUCCGUGAGACUCGGAAAGAGAAAUCGCCGACACCCAAGGAACCUACACCGGCCCCUGUGCCGCCUCCAGCACCUGUUGACGAGAAGUCCCUGGAAGAGGCUGCGCUACAAAUGCUGUUGAAGGAGGGAGAGGAGCUCGCCGCGAAAGCCCGACAGAAGCCCGAGUUCGAUUUCGAGGAAGCCGAAGCGAUCGAAAACGGGCUCAAACCACCGCCAAAGGCCCCCAAAGCACCCGACUCGAGAUACUCGAAUACACCCACCCGCGCGGGAAGUAUCCCUACCGAAGGAGAGGCAGUGAAACGGCGCGGCUCAGUAGAUGACCGCGUACGGCCACGACGACGUAACGAGAGCCGCAGCCGCUCAAGAAGGAGGGGAGUUCCGCCCCGGGUCGAAGAUGACCGCCGGAACCCGUCGCAGGAUGUGUCGAGUAUGUCUCGCGGGCGCGACUCCGAUGACCGAGCGCCUCCUCGCGACUAUCGUGACAAUCGGUACGGUGACCGUAGCUACCGGCCCAGUCGUCGCAGCCGAAGCCGUUCGACCGUUCGAACCUCUGAUCGCGAUCGCGAUCGCGAUCGUGAUCGAGAUCGAGAUCAGGUUGCAGAGCGGCCACGAUACCGCGAGAAAAGCUCCGAGAGAGAUCGGGAUCGGGACAGGAAUCGUGAUCACGACUAUCGUCGAGAUCGCAGCCGGGAAAGAGAACGGGAUCGCAGAGACAGAGAUCGAGACAGGGACCGUGAUAGGGAUCGAGAGAGAGAGAGAGACAGGGAUAGAGCUCGCGAUCGCGACGAUUACCGCCGACGACACAGCUACUACUCUCGAUCACGUUCUCGUCCACGGUAUAGAUCUCGAUCCCGCUCGCGGUCUUUGCACAGAAAUCGGGAUCGCGAUCGAGAUCGAGAUCGCGAUCGCGACAGGGACAGGGACAGGGACAACAGAGAGAAGAGGGACACAAGGGAAACCAGAGACACCAGAGACACCAGAGACGCCCGAGACCGUGAUCGAGAUCGAGAAAGAGAUCGAGAUCGCGAUCGCGAUCGAGACCGCAACCGUGAUCGUGAUCGUGAUCGUGAGCGUGAGCAAGACAGACAUCGGGAUCGGGAUCGAGAGCGUGACCGCGACGGCAAUCCCACCGCCACCGCCACCCCUACCACCACAACUAAACCCCCCAUAAACCCUAAUUCCACCGCCGCGACCAGCAACCCUAUCACGACGACCACCACCGACCACCACGGCCGCGGACGCGAUCCCGAACGCCAGCGAGACCGCCCGCCGCGCGAGGACGAGAAGUCCGCCCGGGUGUCCGUCUCCUCCCGCCGACGCUCCCGAUCCCGCGCCCGCCGCUCACGCAGCCGUCGCCGCUCCCCCAGCACCCUCGACAUCGACCGCUAUGUGCCCCCGACCAGCAACCGCAGCCGGUCUCCGCGGCGCCGCGUGAGGUCCCCCGAACGGUCGACUGAGAAGGAGCGCGAGCGCGAGGAUCGUCCGCGCUUCGUGGAGAUCGAUCGCUACAUCCCUGGCGGUGGAAGCGCCGAGCAACAGCGGAGGCCGUCGGAGACGACCGAAUCCACACCAGCUGCACCAGCAGGAGCGUCAGCAUCAGCAUCCGCAACAGCACCAGGCACAGCGGCGACUACUCCCCGCAAACCAGAUCGAGAGACGGACGACCGUCGGCCGUUGCAGCCUCCUCUGGGCCCUCCUCCCGCUUCUGUUUCUCUUCCUCCCCCGCAGGGACCCAGGCGGCUGAGUUCCAGCCGCAACCGGUGAGAUAGAUCCCUGCUGUCUCUGGAAUCGGAAGGGUGGAUCUCCCGCCUUCCAUUGUAACUAUACCUUGUAUUCUACGUGGGAAAUCUUACACCUUUGCAUGGGUUGGCGUUGAUAGGAUGGCUUAGGGUCGGAAGGGUAAUCACAAGAACCAGAGGCUUGGGUUGGGUUGGUUUGGGUUUAAUAUGGGAUUGCAGGGUAAACAAGCGUUUGCAUUGUCUUUGAACUACCUAUUACCGGGCCAUGCGGGAGGUACCUUAUUCUUUACUGAUUCAGGAUUGAUUUCAUGAUAGGGGGGGGAGAUGAGGGGAAGGCAGAACUCCGUUUGGUGAGAAAUGAAACUAUGUUUCAAAUCACAUGGCUAAAUGA